AUGAGCGAGGUUGAAGUAGAGGUCGACGAUGUUGGGGCAAUUCUGGAAGCACUCGUCGGAGCAGAGGCUGGCGACGAACCUGCGGUCGAGGAGGGAGUCGGACGAGAUGCCAAGGGUCCAACGGUCGACACCGCAGGCUUGGAUACACUUGUCGAUCUCGACGUGGUUGUUGAACUUUUUGGCCACUAUCUCGGAUGUGCCACAUGUGUACUCCUCCGACCCCGAUCGGAGGAGGCGGCUCUCGAGCACGCACCUCUUGCCGGUGGAGGACACCGAGAAGGCGCACGAAUCCCGAUCAAUGUCCUCACACCGGAU